GGAUUCAAGAAAUAUGCUUGUGAGCUCACUUUGGAUCCCAACACAGCCCACAAGAACCUCCGUCUCUCUGACGGGAACAGAAAGGUGACCUGGGUGGAAGAGGAGCAGUCGUAUCCAGAUCAUCCAGAGAGGUUUGAUCAGUGGCCACAAGUGCUGUGUGAGCAGGGUUUAAAUGAACGCUGCUACUGGGAGUUCGAUGUGUUGGAGCCCUUCAACAUUGGGGUGACAUACAGAAGCAUUGAGAGGAAAGGGGAUGUGAAUGAUUGCAAGCUGGGACGCAACGACAAGUCUUGGAGUCUUAAUUGCUGUAAUGCUGGUUGUUUUGUUCUGCACAACAACGACCCUAUCACUGUAUCUUCCCUCCGCUCACGCUCUAGUCGGGUGGGGGUGUAUCUGGAUUGGCCGGCUGGCACUCUGUCUUUCUACAGAGUUUCCUCCGACAGUCGGAUUCGCCUCCAUACCUUCAAAACAACAUUUGAUGAGCCCCUCUAUCCUGCUGUUGAACUUCGCACUCAUUCCUCUGCAUUACUUUGUCAGCUACCAUAAACAAACUUUCACUGCACCACAUGAGUGACCUUACGUGUAGAUUUGCAUAAGGUCGUGAAAUGUCCUAUACAAGCAAGGGGCUACUUACUUGUUAUUCCCAAUAUUCUAAGCAAUCUAGACUUCACAUUUUAGAAACCAUGCAGGGUUAACUGCUCCUAUCUUUUAGUAUGAAAAGACAAGUAUAAAGACUGAGAUAGUACUAUUUGGGAGCAAAGACAGAAGGUUGCAACUUAGUGCUUACCUGGAGUCUAGAGAUUAAAACCCAUGUUAAAAAUCUGGGAUGGAGAUCUUAGUUUCAGUGACCACAUCAAAGCUAUAACUAAAUUUGCAUUUUGGCAUCUCAAAAACAUACCUAGUGUCGGAGACUUUGUGUCCAACCAAGACUUAGGUCUGGGCUAUAAAUAUAAAUGUAAAUAUAUUUCUUACCUGUUCAAUCGAAACCUUACAUGUCUGUAAGAUCUAAACAGGGUGAAAUGGCUUUCAGCCAGAAUGCUGCCUACAGCUGGAACCAGCUCCCAAUGGAGAUCAAAUCAGACUAAACUGUAAAUGGCUUCUAUACUCCACUGCCUUCAUCAAAUCUUGUGCUUUAAUUAGAUAUUACCUAUUUUAUAAUCUGUUUUCAUACCAUUUUCUUGUUAUACUUUUUACUUUAUUUUUUAUCUUUUCUUUUAUUUCCGUGUACCAUAUUGAAUAGCCUCUGUGUAUGAUAAUGUGCUAUACACAAAUUUGCCUUGCCUUAUCAGUCAUAUACUCAAUUUGUAUAGCAAGGAAAAUGGAGGGUAUUAUAUCAUUUAUAUACAGUGUCAGUUCUCAAAGUCAAACAUGUGGCCUGGCAACUCCAG